AUGACAUUAACGAGCAGACUAUAUUCUGAUGCAGCUGGAAACACGUGCGUGGUCCUGAAUAAGCAGUUUCAAGCCGACCUUACAGUAAACGUGACCGUAGGUGAGCAAAGCCAACUUAAAACUGAAAACAAUGUCGUGCUGUCGACGAUGGCAAGACUGUGCUUCGCGGGGCCAGGACAGCGUCAGGCGCGGCCGCGGCGCAUCGCGACUCGCACUUGGUUGUUGUCAUCGCCUCCUGGAGUCGUCAUGUCGUCUGGCAAGAAAGGAAAGAAAACAAAAGGGAAACCCGUUCCUCUCGGGGAGUUCCUUGGCGCUGCCAGCCCAGGCGGUGGAAGCGCAGUUGUGGUAAACAAAACGAGCUGGGCUGAAGAGUCCGAGGAUUAUGAUGAAGACCGCUACGUUGCACCCGAGAGGUUUGCACUGCCGACGGCACCACGCACAGCCCGCGGACCUGAUGUGGAUCCUGAGCGCAUCCCAACCAGCCCGCCAUUCACAGCUUACAUUGCUAAUCUUCCCUUUGAAGUGGAUGAUUUGGAGAUUGAGCGUUUUUUCACGGACUUAAAGAUUAAAUCUAUUCGCUUGCCACGUGAAGGUGGAGAAAAUGGUCGCUUCAAAGGAUUUGGAUAUGUUGAGUUUGACACUCGAAGUGACCUGAUUGAUGCUCUCUCUAAAAAUGAUGAUGUGAGUAUUAUUGAAGGAUCAGAGAAUCCCUGUCAGUGGCAUCAGCCAAAGAUGCAAGAUUGGGAAUACUUGAGUUUGCCAAUGUCGAUAAAGGAGGCAUGA